GUCAACAGCAGAUUGCGUUGGUCGCGGGCGCAUUCACGCUGUGUGUCGCGUGCGAAGCGGAUCGCUUUGCGGUUGCCGGUCGCGCGUGUGCAGUGUCUAGUGAUGUCGAGAGACAGCCCUCGGUUGAGCCGGCUCGGCGUGCUCGCGCCGGCCGCGCUGUCCGCGUGUAUGGACGCCUCCGUGCUGGCGGUGCCCGCUGCUGGCGCUAUCGUCUCUACUGUGCUCAAAGAACUCAGCAAGGCUUUCAUGUUGAAGAAAUGGUUCCACGGGGUGAUGUCGGCGAAGGAAGCAGAACACCUCAUCAUGGAAAAGGGCAAGAAUGGAUCGUUUCUGGUGCGCGAGUCGCUCGCUCACCCUGGAGAGUACGUCCUGUCCGUGCGGGUCAGAGGCCGGGUCAGCCACGUCAUGAUUAGGCGGCAGCACAACAAAUACAACGUGGGUAGCGGUGAGCAGUUCGACGACCUGGUCGGUCUGAUCGAGCACUUCAGGUUGUAUCCCAUGAUCGAGAACUCAGGUGACGUGUUGCGAUUGCUGCAGCCGGUCAGCGGCACUCGGCUCCGCGCUCAUGAUAUUGACCAGAAGGUCCAGGAGAUGCGGGAGAUGGAGGAUUUCCAGAAGCUAGACUACAACACUGGUUUUGACGGAGAAUUUCAAUCAUUAAAAAUGUUGGACGACCGUCACAUUUUCACAACCAACGAAGGUAUGAAGGCGGAGAAUACUACCAAAAACAGAUAUCGGAAUAUUCUUCCAUAUGACCAAACCCGUGUGGUGCUAGGAAGGCGAGACAACAAGUGUGAGUCCGACUACAUAAAUGCCAGUUACGUUCGUACUACCCGUUUGUCCGACUCGUGUAGUUCUGUGCAGUCGUCUAAUGAAAGCCUAAACAGUGUGAAAUCUUUGAUUCUGAAGAGCGAUUUGAAGAAAGUCACGCCUCUCGUCACGAAAUCUCUAUCAGAUGACGCCCUACGAGAGGUGAAGAAAAGUCUCAAGCUAGACAAAAUUAAUGGAAACAUUUGUCCAGACCCAGUAAAAGAGAAAAUGUACAUCGCAGCGCAAGGAUGUCUAUCUAACACAAAAGACGAUUUCUGGCGAAUGAUAUGGCAGGAAGACAUUCGUGUUAUAGCCAUGAUCACCAACGAAGUCGAAAAUGGCAAGAAGAAGUGUGAGCGUUAUUGGCCUAUGUCAGGUCAUGAGGAGCGGUAUGACAACCUCAUAGUCAGGUCAAUAUCGGAAACACAUUACGAAGAGUACUUGGUGAGAGAAAUCGAUGUGCACAACGACAAACAUUGCUGCAGGACCAUCUUCCAGUACCAGUAUACGGCGUGGCCAGAUCACGGGACGCCGCCUGACCCGGACGGGUUAUUAGCUUUUAUAGACGACAUCAAUAGGAGAAUGAGUGAGAUUGCACAGGAGAAAAAUGCGCCAGAGCAGAACGUACUUUGUGUCCACUGUUCCGCGGGUGUGGGGAGAACAGGCACAUUCAUUGUACUAGACAUGCUCAUCGACAAAGUUAAAUCUUCUGGCUUCAGUUGUGAUAUUGACGUUCAUUCAACAGUAAAGUUAGUAAGGGCACAACGUAGUGGAAUGGUCCAGAACAAAGCUCAGUACAGAUUUAUAUACUUCGCGCUACAGAAUUAUAUCGAAAACAGAAAUAUAAAAAUGAAGAAGCAGAUGCAUGUGUCAUUGGCGUAUUAUUUAAUAAAUAAAAAGAUCUAGAAAAGUGACGCGCAAAGUGAUCCGCGCCAUUGCACCAAAGUGAUUUGAGACUUACAAUAAAAAUGUGAUGUUAUGUGAAAUAGUAUGUAAUUUUGUGUAAAAUGUUCGAUUUUUUUGUGCGAUUAUUAUUAUUAUUAUCAGAUUUGUAUUUAUAAAAUCAUGCUCCAAUAUUGACUUUAAUGUCUAAGAUUGUAUGCUACAGUUCUCCCUGUAAGACAUUAAGAACAUUGUCUUUGCUGCUGUUGUUUUGUUUAAGUCUCAUUUACACGAAUCAUACGCAAUUAUUGAAUCCUGUUUGAACAUGUCCAAUGGUGCGGCAAUUCUUGCCCACGUUGAGGUACUACAUACGAAUUUUGACUGAUUUUCAAAAAAGCCCAUAUUGAUAGCAAUCAUUGCGUACCAUUGGUUCCAGCAAUAAUGGAUUCGUCAAAUGAGUCUUGAUCCAGUCACAAUGUUACUUCAACCGAUCUAUAUACUAUCAUAUUAUUAGACUAUAAGUUACGCUUAAUAAAAAAUAGUUAUAUACAUGCAUUUUACAUUGAGUUAUUCUCGGCAAUGGCCUAUCCCGGCUAAAAUUAAAUUAAAAUUUAUUACAAAUAAGUAGUAAAUUUCUAGAACUCAAAUCGUCAUAAGUCAAAAUAUUACGUAAAGUUUGUGAAUAUAUUUAAACGAUUUCAUGUUUAUAAGGAGAAACUAAAUGUGAAAAGUACGAUUUUUGAUGACUUUCAUACUAAGCAUACUUUCAUUCCAGAAAAUUACGCAAUGGAACUAUUAAGCUAGAAAGACUGUUUUACGCAGGUAUAGCCGCAACAAGGAAUAUGGACCAUUACUGUAUAUGGGUUUAAGUUCUUAACAAUAAAGGAAUUCAUAAUAAAUAAAACAAUGAAACAUAA